CUCGGGGCUCUGGGGACAGGCAGCUUUUCCUGUGGGAGAGCCAGGGCUGAGGCUGCAGGGUACUGGGGGGUGCAGAGCCCUGGCAUGCUCGGUGCCAUCUGCCAGGAUUUGUCCUUUCUGUGGGUUCCGGGGCUGAAGUAGCUUCUCUGAUGGCUAAUAAGGACUGAGCUCAGGUUGCCAGCUUUCCCAAAGUCCCUCCUACACCUCUGUGCAGCUCCUCGUGGGGAUGCUGCUGGGCAGAGGGUGCAGGGCAGGCUGGCUGCCUGAGCUCUGCUGACAUUGGCAGUUCCCAGUUGGUGUCCUUGAGCGGAGCAAGCACCGAGAGAAGGGACCAGGUUCUCUUUAAGGGGGCAGGACUCUGGGAGCAUCAUGAAGGCUGGGCUGGAGGGCAGUGGAGUCAGCCCUGUCAUGGUCCCAGGGGGCUAGAAGCUGAAACAGAUCCACCAGGAAGAGGUGAAGGAUGGCUGCUGGAGGAGAGAGAGCCAAGCCUGCCGCCCAGUCCGGGAUGGAGAACUUCCGAAAGGUGAGGACAUCGGAGGAGGAGAGCCCGCUGCCCUUCCCUGACCUGCCCCCCGACGUGGUGGAGAUGAAAGUGAAGGAAGGCAGCAAGAUCAGGAACCUGAUGAACUAUGCCAUGGCCCAGAUGGAGCUGAAGGGCAGAAGGCAAAUCGUCUUCAGCGGCUGCGGCAGGGCAGUGACCAAGACCAUCACCUGCGUGGAGAUCAUGAAGCGGAAGCUGGGGGGUCUGCACCAGGUCACCAAGGUACGUUACAAAACCCUGCUGGAGGUCUGGGAGAACCAGGACCCUCUGCCCGGUGGCCCAGCGCAGAACCUGACAGUCCACAAGAACGUCCCCUCCAUCUGCAUCCUGCUCUCCAGAGACCCCCUGGAUCCCAACGAGACGGGCUACCAGCCCCCAGAGCCCCAGCCUGGGCCGCAGGCGCAGCCCGGAGAGGCAGCAGAAGACAGCUCGGGAGCCUCCACCAAGGGGCUGAAGCGGCCCCUGCCACCUCCUGGUGAGGAGCUGCUGCCCAAGAAGUUGCAGGUACAGGUACCAGGCAGUCCGAGGGGCACGGGGACCACCGACCACCAGGCAGAGCACCACCAGUGACCCCAGCAUCUCCCGCCCCGAGCAGCUGAGACGCUGGCUCUACAGGCAGGAGACUGGAUGUUGGAGAACCUGGGGCUUUGUUAGCUGCUUGGCUGGGGGUAAAGGCAGGGUGAAGCCUGUGUCAUGCUUGCUCCAGGGUCACUGAGGUGCUGCAGGCUCCACUCAGUGCCUCCCUGCUCACUGCUGCUGCUCCAGCUGACCCCAGUGUGUGAGAGCUUGCUGCUGGUGGGGAGGAGGAAAAGCUUGUCCCUAGAUUUUGGGUGAGACUUAAAGGGUUAAGCCUGCCAGCUCUUGGUUAUGUGUGGGGAUUGAAGCAGCAGGGGUGAGGAUGUAUUGGGGGAGGGGGAAGGAGCUGCUGCCCCCACGUUCAGCCACCCAGGGACAACACCAGCACCAGCCACCUUUCUGCAGUGACUCCCAGGGAGCCAGAGCACCCAUUGCCUUUCAGCACCAUCACUCCCCAGCGCCAUGUCUCAGCCACCAGGAGAAAUGGUUUUGACCCAAACCGUCUGGAGUAAAACCUUCAUCCCCCAACCUGCUGCUAUUACACCGGGGAGGAGCUGCUGGGUUUAUUCACGCUGGGCUCAGCACCCCACGGUGCCCAGACUCACCCCAAAUCGCACACCCAAGCAAGCAGAGUGCUGUGGGACAGCAGAAGAAAACGAAACAAGCCUUCUACCUUCACCAGAUGGUCAGCUCUCUGCCCUCCCAGAGGUGUUUGUGGGAUCUGGAGCUGGGGUGAAGCCCUGAUGCUGGGAGCUGGGAGGCAAGGGGAAUGAUAGGUGGGUAGCUGUCACGGCUGGAUGCUUUGCCCGGCACAAGAUGGGGAAGUUUUGGGGUUGUGGGCUUGGCUGCAGAGCCCUUGCUGUGGGCUGGGUCCCUGGGAGAGCUCUUUGGAAUGAAAUCCCUGCUCCUUCCAGGGGGGGACGGGAAAUAAAUGGAAAAUAAAAGCUCUUUAGAAAUCCCUGAAGUGUGUCUUUGGGGGAAAUGAUGGGAUUGUCCAGACCACAGCACAGAGCAGCACAGAGAGGAUCCAGGAAUAAAGGGAUCCCAGGCAAGCCUUGUCCCUUGCUGGAAUGGCAUUGGUGACUCCUAUGUGCCCUGGCAGCAGCCUGGUCACCGCUGGCACAGCAGAGCCUGGCAAAGUCCCUAUGCCAGCUCCCCAAG